AUGGAAAUGGAAAACGCAGUACUGAAACAGAGUAUCCCUCUCCUCACGCCCUAUAAGAUGGGAAGAUUCAAUCUUUCUCAUAGGGUUGUUCUGGCGCCAUUGACGAGGCAGAGAUCGUACGGAGCCGUUCCUCAGCCUCACGCUGUCUUGUAUUACUCUCAGAGAACGAGCCCUGGAGGUUUUCUCAUCUCUGAAGCCACCGGAGUUUCAGAUACAGCUCAAGGCUAUAAAGAUACGCCUGGGAUAUGGACUAAAGAGCAUGUGGAAGCAUGGAAGUCAAUCGUAGACGCUGUUCACGCCAAAGGUGGCAUCUUCUUCUGUCAGAUUUGGCAUGUUGGCCGUGUUUCCAAUCGAGACUUUCAGCCAAAUGGUCAAGCUCCCAUCUCUUGCUCGGACAAGUCACUGAAGCCUCAAAUCCGUGCUAAUGGCAUCGACGAAGCCCUGUUUACCCCUCCAAGACGGCUAAGCACCGAAGAAAUCCCAGGCAUUGUCAACGACUUUAGGCUCGCAGCAAGAAACGCUAUGGAAGCUGGCUUCGAUGGAGUAGAGAUUCAUGGCGCUCAUGGCUAUCUACUAGACCAGUUCAUGAAGGACACUGUGAACGACAGAACAGACGAAUACGGUGGAACAUUGGAAAAACGUUGCAAGUUCGCUUUAGAUAUAGUUGAAGCAGUGGCCAACGAGAUCGGACCAGACCGUGUUGGCAUCAGGCUGUCUCCAUUCGCUGACUACAUGGAAUCCGGAGACACAAACCCACAGGCGUUAGCUCUUCACAUGGCGGAGUCUCUCAACAAAUACGGAAUCCUCUACUGCCAUGCGGUUGAAGCAAGAAUGAAAACAUUGGGAGAGAUAACAGAUUGUCCUCACACGCUUAUCCCCAUGAGGAAAGCCUUUCAAGGGACUUUCAUCUCCGCCGGAGGUUACACGAGGGAAGACGGUAAUAAGGCGGUGGCUGAAGGACGGACUGAUCUGGUGGCUUAUGGCCGGUGGUUUCUUGCUAACCCGGAUUUGCCAAAGAGGUUCGAAGUGGAUGCACCGUUGAAUAAGUACGAUAGACCAACGUUUUACAUUUCUGAUCCUGUCGUUGGUUACACAGAUUACCCUUUUCUUGAUUCAACAACAGCUUAA